AUGUCAUCGAUUCGUCGUAACAACUCGUUUCAAAGCUUGGUCUUUUACUACUUGAAGCUGUGAUCGAAACGCCAUUACAAGUUUUCUCAACCCCAGCAAGAUUAUGCGUGGAAGCUGAGCUCAAUUUCGGCGAUGGCGAUGGCGAUGCAAACUGGGGUUGCCCCUUCCAAAGUUCUUAUUCUUCUGGGAGCAGGUUUGACUGGUUCAGUAAUUCUGAAGAAUGGACAAUUAUCUGAUGUCCUUCUGCAACUUCAGGAAUUCAUAAAAGGCAUCAAUGAUGUUGAUAUCUCUUCAACCACAAUUGAUCCCGCACUUCUUGCAGCACAGGUUCGGCAAUUGGCUCAGGAGAUCAGGGAGUUAUCCCUAUCAAAUCCCAUUACUAUUAUGAAUGGGAGCUCUGGUUCUAGUGGGGGCUAUGGUUCCUAUUUGGUGCCAGCUGCUGCUGUUGGAGCAGUGGGAUACUGUUACAUGUGGUGGAAGGGAUUGUCAUUUUCAGAUGUCAUGUUUGUUACAAAGAAAAAUAUGGCAAAUGCUGUUGCUAAUGUUUCGAAACAGCUGGACAACUUGACUGAUGCAUUGGCAACGACAAAAAAGCAUUUAUCAAAAAGGCUGGAGACCUUGGAUUGGAAGCUGGAAGAGCAGAAAGAGAUCUCUGGUCAAAUACAUAAUGAUGUAAUUGGUGUCAGGUCAAACAUUUCCCAAAUUGGUUUAGACAUUGACUCAAUCCGGGAGAUGGUAAAUGGACUGGAAGGAAAGCUUGAACUUCUUGAAAGUAAGCAGGACUUGACUAAUUCAGGUGUAUACUAUUUAUGCCAAGUAGCUGGAGGAAUCACAGGAGGACUGAAUGCUAAACUUGUUCAGGAUGUCGGAUCAAAGCUUGACCCACCAAAAGUUACAUGCGAAGACAAUUCUCGGAAGGGCUUGCAAUUCUUAACGGACUCAACUAUGUUUGAAAGUGUUGUGAAGAAACCAAUUACAAGCUCCAAGGUAGAUGAUCUUGAUUCAGUUGGUGUGAAAGCUGUUUCUUCUGCGAAAGUGAAAACAAGAAUACACAGGUCCUAUCCAGUUGGAAUUUCUUUGGCUCAAGACAUUCUUUAAGUAAAAGUGAAUAUUCAUCUCCGUUUUACAAAUAGUUGUGUAUACAGAAACAUACUAUUCUUAUCGAUGCUUAUUAGGCUAGUUCCCUGCCUGAGUGUAUCUUAUUUCUCUAUUUAUUGGUAAUGUUAUCUUGAAUUUGUUAAAAGCUGUAUAUGUGAAUAAAAAGAAUUUGGCAAUUGCCACAUUCGAGUCCAGACUUUAUAUGUAGAAACUGCUUGAGCCUGCCAUUGUAAUACACUGAUAAUCAAUUUUGUGAUGAUGCAGUUGUGCACAAUAAUAAGCGGGUAAAGAGUUACUGCCGACA